CUCUGGUCAUUUCCUGUACUAUGUCCGUAGUCUCUGUUCAUCUCCUGUACUAUGUCCGUAGUCUCUGGUCAUCUCCUGUACUAUGUCUGCAGUCUUUGGUCAUCUCCUGUACUAUGUCCGCAGUCUCUGGUCAUCUCCUGUACUAUGUCUGUAGUCUCUGGUCAACUCCUGUACUAUGUCCGCAGUCUCUGGUCAUCUCCUGUACUAUGUCCGCAGUCUCUGGUCAUCUCCUGUACUAUGUCCGUAGUCUCUGGUCAUCUCCUGUAUAUGUCCGCAGUCUCUGGUCAUCUCCUGUAGUAUGUCUGCAGUCUCUGGUCAUCUCCAUUACUAUGUCUGCAGUCCAUUGGUUCAGAAUAUUUUUUUUUCUUGUUUUCCUCCUCUAAAACCUAGGCGUGUCUUAUGGUCAGGUGCAUCUUAUGGAGCGAAAAAUACGGUAUAUGUUCAGCAGCACUGGCAUGUCAAUAGACUCCUAUAGUUUAGCUUUUACAGUGAGCUGUUGGCUUUCUUGUGAUUUGCGUAGCUGUAAAACUGUUCAAUUUCUUCUACAC